GAGAGAGAGAGAGAGAGAGAGAGAGAGAGAGAGAGAGAGAGAGAGAGAGAGUUAGUUAGUUGCGCAGGUACACAAAUACUAGAGUCCACACAUCACUCACUACUAUGAAGACCACUUGCCUUCUUCUGACCCUGGCCCUGCUCUGCCUUUCUGAAUUCAGUUUGGCUGAACAACCUUCUGGCCAACCGAAGGAGACUAACUGUGCGCAGUACCUAGAUGCUAUGUGUCCCAGGGACUACAAUCCGGUGUGCGGGACCAAUGGCCAGACUUACUCCAACGAGUGCGUACUGUGCAUGGAAAACAGGAUGAAGAACGAGCACAUCCGGAUCCGGAGCGAGGGGGAGUGCCUGGAAUGAUCCUGGAGUCUGAGGAGCCCCGCAGCCUCUUCAUCAAAACCGUCCACUCGUUUCUGAGAUGACGCAAUAAACGAUUCAGCAUGCCUC